UCAUAAUCCACACUGGUGGUGGCUUCUGCAUGUGAGAGUUUGCCUUUCAGAGCGAUUUAACAUGGCAUCUUUUAUAAAGAGCGAGGAGCAGCGCAGUGAUUUUUAUAAAAUAUGGGCAUACGAAAAUCUACAAUUCAAGUAAGUGCUCGUGUGAUACGUUAUUUAGGCCUACUUUCUCGAAUUUAUUAUUUGUCCUAAUCCUAGUUUAUUUUUUCUCAGUUGAAUUCACCUGUUUGCGAUAUAUUCCAAAGAACAGCUUUAAAGUUUAGUAAUGCCGAGACUGCUUGCCGUUGCCAUGAUAUAGUAAAUUGAAUUGUAGUGAUCGAUCAAUAAUGCUAUUCAUUUGUAGCGUUUCCGUUAAAGACCGGAAGAGGGCAGCAUUUUCAAGCGUUGUCUAAAUCAGUGGGCGAUUUUGUCUAUCACUGUGUUUUACAUUAUUAUGCUUUCUUAAUGCUGCAUAAUGUUACAGUCAACGAGUGAGGAUGAAACUUCAGACUGAUCUUCAGUCACAACAACAAAAUCAUCGUCUCAGAUGGAGGAAGACCAAGACAUAAAGGCUGACAUUACAUCCCACCCUGUCACCUCCAAAUCUCCAUACCAAUCUCAGUUUCCUAGUCACACUUUGCUAAACAUUCACCAGAUAGGUAAAGACAUCAGGCAAAAUGCUGCAAAAUGCAAACAAGACCAUCAAUACCCUCCUGCCACGUGGUUAACUGAACCACAGCCUUUAAUUUCAGGACUCCAGCAAAACAAUAUCCCAAAAGAUUACAAAAACCUUCAUAACAUUAAAGCACUGAAUCAUCAUUUCACCUUUUCUUCUCCAAGUGAUUCACACCAUCAGUCGCACUCUCCAGUCCAGCAGAAGCCACCGUCCAUAGAUCAAACAUGGCAAAACCCAUGGGUUGGUGUAAGGCAAGGGCUUAUACCUACAGGUCACUUCACUCCUGCUGGUGCUUCCUGGCCACGACUUCCUGUGAUAAACCCAGUGCCAUGGGGAAUGAUGGAUGUGCCUGACUCAGGUGGGGAAAAAAUCCAGUGCAGUGAAACAGACCAGGAAAAUCCAACAAAAGAAAUGUUGAACCCACCAAAGGAGAGCAAGCAGAGACUAAAACACAGGAGGAGGGGAGGAGAGUGUGAUCAGCUUUCUGAGUUGGACUGUAGACCAGUACAUCUGUUAAAAGACCACAAAGCCAGUGUAGACAGCUCUAUGUCCUUUGAAGUUGACAAAGUUUUGGCUUGUGGGAUGAAGCACAGGAGAAAGAAAAGAAGAGAUAGGACACAAUCACACCUCGCAGCAAAUGAGCAGGAAUCCCAGUGUUCUUCCACUGUGUCACAAGAUGCCCUCCUGUCAGCUUCGGGUGGCCAGACUGACCCAAAGAGAAGAGUGAACCAUCAGAAACCAUCUGCAGGAGCUAAGAUGGAUACCAGCAAAGAAUCCAUUAAUGCAGAGACCGAUGUUGAUGGAGUGAUACAAGAUGAAGAGGAAAAGGAAGAAAGUUGGGACCAAGAAAAACCUCUAAGCUCAGACAAAACAGAUGGAACCGAAGAGCUCAACCAGAAACACAGCACAGAGGAAGAAGAUACUGAUGAAGGCGAUAACAUUGAUCUCAUUUCAGAAGAUAAAAUUAGUGACAGAAAGGUUGCAGAUGAAAGUGAGGAAGAGGAAGGCAGUGAAGAUGAGGAGGAAGCAGGAUUGGAUGAAGCACAAGGGAGUGAAGAAGAGGGGAGUGAGAGAGUGGUUAGGAACAGAGAUGAUCUCAGUGAUGGAGAAGAGAGAGAGAAAGAAGGAGAUAUUUCAAGCAACAUACCAGAUUCAGACAGUGAAGAGGGAGGAGAGAAAACUGAAGAAGAAAUUGAGGAGAACAGUUCACAAGACGAGCUAAUCAAAGGAACUCAAGGAAGAAGAGAUCAGAAUGAAAGUGAAGAAGAGGAGAGUGACAAAAUUGUUCAUGUUCAGAUUCAUAACAACAGUCUGAUGAUGAUGAAGAUAAAGGAGUUGCAGGCAGCUGAUGAGACUGAAGAGGAAGAGGUUUACAAUCAAGAAAUUGAAGAAGAUGAUGAUGAAAAUGAUGAGCAAGCAUAUCUCUGGUCCAAACACACCUUAUAUGAUCAAACAAAGUGUCAUGAUGAGGAUGAUGAUAAUGAAGAUAUUGAAAUUGUUCUUAAGCCACAAGUCAACUCCCAAGUACACCCGAAGGAUGAUGUGGAGAAGACCAAGCAACCAAAUGAUUUACCAUCAGAUUCAAGUGAGGACGAUACACCAAAGAAGACUAAAAAUGAGUCGGCGGAGUCAGACGAUGAGUUUGAUCACUUCUACGAUUAAACCAGAAACUAGAACAUAAAUGGGGAACAAAGUAUCACAACCUUGAAUGAAUGCAGCAGACAGAAGCCGCAAUCAUUCUGCGCUUUUAGAAAACGGGUAAGGUGCACACCCUAAACAACAGCCGCAAAGAGACGAGAGAGGCACAAGGCUGAGCAAUGAAUAGAGGAAUCAGAUUACAAAGGGAUGAAAGAGGAAGAAAGGGAUAAAUAGAUGCUGGGUGUCCCUCGUCUGUUUUUUUGUGUUAUUUGCUGGUAGCUUAUCUGACUGUCCUGAAAGAAUCGUACCACUGUCACUGUGCAAACACAGGUGGAUUGCCUCGCCUGAUGGACGCAGAGAUGAAGAGAGAAUAAUAGAGGAGAUUAAUAGAAAAGUGCGGAGGAUGGCAUUAAAUGAAUGGCUUAGUAUGAAUAGCACGUUAUACUGACGCAUAACUGAAAUAGUGUCAGUUGAAUUUAAUAAAAAAUAUUAUUUUAAAGUUUA